AUGGGAUAGGCAUGUUAAUAAUGCAAAGCUUUCUCAGGCAAGGAAGAGUUUGAUAUAAAGAACAUGAAUGAAGAAUUGGGAGAUGAGAGUCCUGAUGUAGAGCAAUCCUUUUUGGACGAGGAGGAUGAAGCUAGAAAACAUAACAAGCCACCUUCUUUAGAUAAUUUUAAUAAAAGAGGAAUGUUUAGAAAGGAAGAUACAUAUGAUUAAAAUGAUGGAAAACUAUCCGCCACAAUAGAAAACAAAGAAAUAGCCUUAACUGAAGAACUAAGAGGAGAAGAGAUGAUUUUAGUUGAUGGAUCAAAAUAUUAGGGUAAUGUUGUUGAUGGAAAAGCAAACGGAAAGGGAAAAAUAUGGUUAAAUAAUGGUGAUAUUUAUGAAGGAGACAUAGUGGACAGUAUCAUGCAAGGAAAUGGUGUCUAUUAUUUUAAUAGGGGACCUAUUUACAGUGGAUAAUUUAAAUAAGGGAAAGCUAAUGGGAUAGGCAAGGAGAUGUGGCCAGACGGGUCAAUUUACGAGGGACAAUUUAAGAACGGUAAAAAGCAUGGUUAAGGAAUAUAUAAGUGGAGUUAAGGUUGCUGUUAUGAUGGAGAGUGGUUUGAGAAUAUGAUCCAAGGUCAGGGAAGAUAUGAAUGGUCAGAUGGUAGGUGUUAUAUUGGAAGCUGGAUUAAGAAUCAAAUGCAUGGGAGAGGUAAAUACUAAUGGAAGGAGGGAAAGUAUUAUGAUGGAGAAUAUGAAUUUGAUAAAAAAUGUGGUUUCGGAAUUUUUGUCUGGCCAGAUGGCAAAUAAUAUCAGGGAUACUGGUUCGAUGGUAAACAACAUGGAAAAGGAAUAAUGAUCAAUAAAGAGGGAAAGAAGAAGUUAGGGGAUUGGGCUGAUGGGAAAUUAAUUAGUUUCAAUGAAGAAACUAAUGUAGAAAUCAUUCCAGAAGGUUGGAUUGAUAAUGUUUGA